AUGGAUUCCAAGAAUCACCCGGCUCUUGCCGUCUCCAAUAUCAAAACACAUAUCCCCAUCACGCUUGAACAGGAUUCCGCACAAUAUACAACUUGGUCCACUCUAUUCCAAGUUCAGUGCAGGAUUUUUGAAGUUGCUGAUCACCUCAGCCCACCGCCGGCCACCGCCUCCUCUUCCUCCGCAGACUCAGAAAAGAAAGCCGAUGACUCAGCCGAUAAGGCCCUCUGGCAGCGCAUCGAUGCAGUUGUUCUUCAGUGGAUUUACGCCACCAUCUCCCCCGCUCUUCUCCACGUUAUUCUCUCUCCCGGGCAAACGGCAUAUGAAGCAUGGACAGCCGUGCAAAAUUAG